AUGUGUCUAUUGCAAAAAUCAUGGCAUUUAAUUCGUGAUGCCUCUGCUGCUUCCAAUAUUAUGAUCAUUGGUGAAAUGAAACAUGCCAAUCCAGAUUAUGUAAUUGCUUGUUAUGAUCCAAAUCACCAUAAAGUUGACCAAGAUUCUUCUCUAUCUUAG